GUCGAGACCUGUGAGUGAGCCAUGUUUGGGUCCCACGGGCGCGUGGGCUAGGGGUCCAUGGCGCGAUUCUUGCAUGAGCACGGCAGGUGGGAGGAGGUUGAUUCAAGCGUCUCGGCCCAUGCACGCCGCUGACCUCACCCGGGAAGGAGGGGGGUCCUUUCAUGGUUCACAGGAGGAACAAAAUGAUGCAUGUGGUCUUGAUGUGGUGGGGGGCAGUCAAUGGAUGGUGUCGCGAGGAGGAUGUGUGUGUGUGUGUGUGUGUGUGUGUGUGUGCAGUGUGGGUGGGUUCAAAAGUUGACGGGUCGACGCCCGCCCGGCAGUGCCCUGCAGGCAAGGCAAGGUCUCGAAUUCUGGCAGCGGCCUGCUCACCUUGGCUCUCACCGUGGAAGACCUGGCUCCCAGGCAUCGCAUCCUCACAUUACCUACUUGUUCCCUGGCCUGGCCCAAGUCGAUAAUCAAUUGCCCUCCAACCUGGCCUCUGCACCCAGCCACGCACGCGCAUACUCUCCAGAGUUCCUUCUAUCCCAGACAUCAUCUUCACAGCCGUGCGGUCGUUCAGCCAACAUGGCUACCAGCACUAGCAGACCCCGCUUCGCCAUGCAGCGCGUCCUCGCAAUCAUGAUCCACAUCAAGCUUGUCGUCCAGGCCGUAGCUACCAUCGGCCGUUGA